UUUUGAGGAAAAUAACUGCUAAGUGCAUAUUAUGCACGGAUCGCAUACGGCCGUUCCCCUUUCAAGACACUUGGACCAAUCACGACCAUUUGCACUCAUCUGCACUUAGGCAGGUACGGCAGGUACGGCAGGUACAGUGCUGCCUUGCCUUUCCAGCUCAUGUAGUAAGCUACGGAUUACCGUACCUGCUAACAAGUACCUAACCUAGCAGUUGCCUAGCAGGUGCCUAGCUGCCUAGAUAACUCUAUUGUACAAUGUCAACCCCCAUUCUGCCUGGCAGCUGGAACCUUCAAUGUGACGAAGGUGCAAACAACUUAAAACCCAAAAACACUUUCAUUUCUAAAUUCUUUCCCGUCCUCCCGUCUUUCCUAAAUAUCAAUUCCGACAAGCAAUUCAAGCAAGUCGUCUUACAUUCUUGUUCAAUUGUUCUACCCCUCUCGCGUCUCUCCUGGCCGAUUACCAGUAUCAACCAUCAACCAUUAAUCCAUCCCGCCCCCAAUUUCUCAAUUUCCCAAUUUGUCAACACUACGACGUCACGACCGUAGGUUUCAAAAGGUUUCAAACUAUGGAGGUUGACAAUAUGAGUCCCUUCUUAGAUAUUCCUCUUGAAGUGCUUCUUCAGAUAACUUCCUAUCUUACAACUUCAGAUUGUGGAAAUCUUCGCCUUGUUUGUCGGCGACUGGAGGCGUCUCUCCUCCAGUCAUUCACCCACGAGUUCUUCACAAAGAGGCAGUUCAUGAUUAGCGAGUUCAGUCUUGGCGCACUCGUAGACAUCUCUAAGUCCAGACUCGCGCCUAGCCUGUCUCAUCUGAUGAUCAGUGUUGAGCGUCCGCCUAUAUCACCUAGUCUGCCAGUUCAUAUGCAGGUCUUUUCCGAUGUUGAACAAGCACUACGAUAUAAUAAGGUACGGGAAGAACACAUGAGCCACCAGGCCUUAAUCACCACAGGUCGAGACCUCCAACUUCUCACUGAAGCUCUUUGCAAUCUACCCAACCUCAAAACAGUCGGACUACGCGACUUCAACUCUUCAGGCCGCUAUCGCGAUGGAGCAGAUAAUACCUGGCACGCUUACGGUGCCCCAACAUUCCUCCACGAAACAAACUUCCCCCUUGAUCAACCACGAUUCGGCGGCCGCCAUCUUGACUCUAGCUUGGUGGAAUCACGUAUGCAAUACAUUUCCCACGUGUUCUUAACGAUGCUCCGAGCCCUAGGCAAGGCUAAAGAGACACAUGCUCCUACUCAGCUGGAGGUAAUCCUUAGAAAUUGUCAUCUCCCGAGUCUAGCAUUCAAUGUGCCUUGCUAUCUUGAAUCAACGGUUACGCCCUUUCUCAAAGACCUCAAGACGCUCUUCCUAGAUUUGGGCCCUGCGUCAUUUUCUACCCUGGUUAUUAACAACGGGGGAAAUUACCAGAGCUAUCUUGGCCUCACUCUGGUGACAUUCCUGUCGAAAACGACAUCUUUAGAACAUCUGAGAUUGAAUUUCCGGAGCUGUGCUAAAGACGAAACCCAGGGCCUCCUUCAGUGGUUGAUUCGUACGCCUGAGUCCCCGAGCGGCUCAAAACACCAAGGGAUCGAAGUAAAUAAGAUGCAAGAAAAGCUACCACGGAUACCGCAGACCCCUGCAUUUGAGCAUCUGGAGGAGCUUGAAAUUGGGAUGAUAACUAUCGAGCCAACCCUGCUUCUCGACAUUUACAAGAGGUUUAAGUCAAGCUUACGCAUAAUCUCUCUUCACAAGGUUACCUUCUCUAUCGAUUCGCAAAACCAGGUUGCGGACAACAGGGUCAACCUCUGGGCUUUGUUCUUCGGACAGAUGGCGAAACUCAAAUUCAACUUAUCCGUCAUACGACUCUCUUUCUUAACACAGAUACUUGCCAUGUCCGCGUAUUCGAUAGAAUUUAAAGAUAGAAGCCAAACUUCAAGGGCUCCGAAUUUCGUCACGGAGUGGACAGGCAACGACUUCGAACGUUCUUCGGGAGAAUUGAUUGGCUCAAUGUUCAUCAAUUGGCCUUCUGUUCGGGAUAUGCAAGAGUACAGCGAUCUUUUAUCAUCCGAAGAUGACGAUGAAGAUGAUAUCGACGACGAGUAGAUAUCUUUCGAUAAUAUCAUCGAUACUUAUGGCGGUUUCUAAAGGAGUCCAAACUAAGCAGGUUUUGCGGCUGAUAUUAUCAUUACAACGGCAAUAGGGCAUUCAACAAUGAACUUCAAGAUACUUUCUUUGUUCUAGUUUGCGAAGCCUUUCCUGUACGUUUGGACUCAUGGAAGCAAUCACUG